GCGCGCCACUUGCAGCGCGCAGCCCCCUCAAUCAUUCUAAGUGUCAAGGGGCGCAUGGUGCUGGAUGCACGGGGGGAGCCAACAGUGGAGGCGGAGGUGGGCUCGCACAGGGGCAAGUUCCGCGCCUCUGUUCCUACCGGCGUUACAUCUGGCAUUGUCUCCUUCUCUCACUUGCUCCUUCACCCCCUUGAAACCCUCACCCCCUCCCCUUCGCCCCCUCCUCCUCUCCUUCCUCCCCUUCGUCCCUCCCUCCUCUCCUUCCGCCGCUUCGGCCCCCCUCCCCUCCUCCUCUCCUUCGCUCCCCCCUCCUCUCCUUCACUCCCCCCUCCUCUCCUUCGCUCCCCCCUCCUCUCCUUCGCCACCCUGUUCCCCACUCUCCUUCAGGGUCAGCUGGGAGCGAAUGUGGUUCUUGCUGCGUCUGUGGCCGUCGAGCUGGGAGCAAAUGCCAUUCUCGCCGUGCCUUUAUCUCACACUGACUCCUUUCAUCCCCUCAUCCCUCCCCCCACCCAUUCCCCUCGUUCCCCUCCUCUACACCCCUCUCCCCCCGCCUCCAGUGCCAGCUGGGUGCAAAUGCUAUUCUAUUCUCGCCGUGACUCCUCUCUCUCACACGACCCCCACUCCUCUCUCUUUCCUCACGCUACCCUGUUUGUUCCCCCUUUCCGUCAGGGCGAGCUGGGAGCAAAUGCCAUUCUCGCCGUGUCAUUGGCAGUGUGCCGGGCAGGCGCGGCAGAGAGAGAGCUGCCACUGCAUGAGUACAUCGCCUCCCUGGCAGCGGUCCCCCACCCCUCUCUCCCCGUGCCCGAGUUCGCCCUCCUCUCAGGCGCCCUCACACCCCCCUCUGCUGCUUCGCCCCCCUUCCACUCGCUCUCUAUCCUGCCUCUGGGCGCAUCAACAUUCGCAGAGGCUGUGCGGAUUGGAGCAGAGGUGCAGCACUGCUUGCAGGCCCUUGCUGCGGAGCGGUUUGGGUCUCCAACAGCAGCGCUGGUGACUGAUGACAGCAGCUUGGGGCUGCCCCUCACAAGUCCUCAGUUCUGCAACUUCCCUCCCUCCCCCCAUCCCCUGCCCCCCCACUUCUCACUAGCCCCCCUUUCAGUCUCCCCUUUUUCCCCAAUCCCCCCUCUCCUCCCCUACUCACUACCAGAAUACCGGAGAGUCGUUGCAGCUGCUGACGUUUCCCUAUCCCCCCUCUCUUCCAAUUCUUACCCCCAUCCGUUUGUCCGCUCCAGGAGAUGGACCUCCUUGUUCCGCUCCACCUCCCCUUCCCCUCUCCCCUCCUCACCUUCCCGUCUCCCUGCCACACACCCCCACUCCUCCUCCCCCGCCCAACCAGCAUACGGGAUGGAUGCACCAGCAGCAUCACCAUCCCUCCAUGCACAUUCCCCCAUCUUCCCAUCCCACCACACAGACGAGGGUCACUACGACCUGGGCAUGCAGCAGCAGGAUCUGGACGGCAGCGUUGACAUCAGCAUGACAUCAGCCAGCAGCAGCAGUUUGGAGCAAGUGACAGUUCAGCAGCUCAUAGACGUGUACCAACAGCUGUGCUCAGAGUUCCCCAUUGUGAGCAUAGAGGACCCGUUUGACCAGGAGGACAUUGAUGCCACUCAAGCUCUCUCAGAGGCUGGAUUCACCCAGGUGGUGGGCAACGACCUGUUGGUCUCCAAUGCUAAACGACUGGCUCAAGCCAUUGAGAGGCGCACAUGCAGUGGCAUCGCCAUCAAG